AUGAGGGAUGAUAUCAGAGAUCUGAAGCAGGAGACCAGGGAUAUGUGGGAGGAGAACAGAGAUCUGAGGCAUAAGAACAGAGAUCUCAGGGAGGAUAUCAGAGAUCUAAGGGACGAUAGUAGGGAUCUCAGGGAGGACAACAGAGAUCUGAGGGAGGAGAUCAGAGAUCUGAGGGAGGAGAUCAGACAUUUUAGGAAGGAGAUUAGGCACUACAAUAUCAAAGACACUGAAAUUUCUACAAAUGAAAUUUCUACACUUGAAGACCCUCUUCCUCCAACUUCUCCCCCCGAGAUGCCAUUGAGCGAUAAUUCUCAGGCUAUUUCACAACAAAGGAAUAAUAAAACUUUCAAAGAAUGCAAAGAGGCUUUUCCACCUACAGACAAAACUCAACCAGAGAUCACAAAGCAAUUCAUUGAAAAUUUAAGGUGUCUGGGAAUCCCUCUAGUCUGUAUAGAUAGUGUUUUCUCCCAAGGCCUCAGUUUCGCUGGUGAAGGCGCAUUUGCUAAAUGCUACAGGUACCAAUUUGCUGAUCUAGAUAAGCCUGUCAUCAUUAAAGUGAUCGAGAAUUUAUUUACUCCUACAGAAGAAAUAUUGAAAGAGGUGACAAUGUUACAAAGAGUGGCAGACAUAGAUGGCACACCGUGCGUUCUAGCUGUGUCACCGAUGGAGCCCUAUGCUGUCAUCAUGGAGGAUGGAGGUAACAUCAGCUUCAGUGACUGGAUGAUAAAAAAGGGCAGACUACCCAGGGAAGGACUCGAGAUGCUGAAAAAAAUCUCUCAGGUACUUGCACAGAUUCAUCUCAAACAGGUUGUUCACACGGAUUUGCACGAAAAGAACAUAGUCAUUGAUGAAGAAAGAAACCAACCGACAAUUGUAGACUUUGGCAGAGCAACAGACAUGAAAUACGAGAACCAAGGAGAUGAUGUGCUAGACCUAUACUUGUUACUCGAAAGAUGCUCACGGAUACUGAAAUUCCCCUCCCAUCUCAAAGAGGCAAUGAAUCUGGAAAAUAUGACGUUGCCAAAGUUUGUCCAAGAUUUGAACAUGCUUCUCGACAUCCUGGAUAAAAUAAAUAAAGGUCCAGAAAAGACAAGUGAAAGAAAAUUUGUUUUCAUGGGACUAGAAGAAAGAGAUGAGGCCAUAGGUAACAAGAUUGUCAACCUAAAAUUGGAGGAGUCUUGGUUACUGAACUUGCUUGAAGAAUUCCAAUUUGAGUGGGACAAUCUCGAGGUGGAAAAUGCUCAUUUAAAACAGCUGGCUGUGGAAGCUAAGGAGAGAGCGAGCAAUCUAAAAGAAAUAUCUGCAAUCAAUACAACUUCCAACACAAGAGUCAGAGAUCAGUCUAGGAUCUCAGCGUUCCUGGCGAUCUGUGGCGCUUGGUGGGAGAGAUGCACACCAUCAGGUUUCCGUCUCUGUCUAGGAUCUUGGCAUUCCUGGUGA